UUCCUCUAGUUUCUGUCAACCCACGUCGACCUUUCCGGCCCUCGUGACUGCCUCUUUUCUCAUAACCGGCUCAUACUGCAUACCUAAAAAAUCUUGGCAUUGCGAGGCCUCCCGCGAACAGUCGUCUGUUUUGGGUUUUCUUGGGAGGAGGAAUUGACGUAAUUCCUUUCCUGUCUUUGCUAUCAACCAAGCGAGCUCGGUUUCGAUCCUUGCAACCCAACCAAAGUAACAUAUCGACACCGGCACAUCUUGCUGCCAUGCGCCUCAGCCUGACUCUGCCCCUCACCCUUCUGGGUCUCACUACCACAAUCGCUGCGGCACCCUCACAACCUCCCAGAGACAACGUCCAGGGUUCAUCACCUACUCUCGUCAAGCGCCAGGACAUAAAGUACUUCCACGAGCCCUGCUGUGGCGAAGAGCUGGGACACUACGAUAUCCGCUACUUCAAGGAAGCUGUGGGCUAUGACGACCACCGCAUCGUCCUGCGCCACCUCAUCCGCUCCUAUUUGAUUAUCACCAAGAAGCUCAAGGUCGAGACCUGGCUCGCACACGGCACUCUGCUGGGCUGGUGGUGGAAUGGCAAGAUCAUGCCAUGGGACUACGACCUCGACGUUCAGGUCUCGAUGGCGACUCUCUACUGGAUGGGCCAGAACCUAAACCGCACCGAGUACGACUACGACUGGACCGACAAGGACGGUAAUGCUUGGAAAGAGCGCUACCUUCUCGACGUCAACCCCCACGGCACAGAAAAGAACCGUGGCGACGGCCAGAACGUCAUCGAUGCCCGCUGGAUCAACAUGGCCAACGGCGCCUUCAUCGACAUCACUGGCCUCGCCGAGCGCGACCCUUCUAGCAUGCCAGGUGUCUGGAGCUGCAAGAACUACCACCGCUACCACACCACCGACCUUUUCCCCAUGCGCGAAACCGAGUUCGAGGGCGUCACCGCCACCAUUCCUUACAGCUUCGAGCGCAUCCUAACUAAGGAAUAUGGCAGCAAGAGUCUGGUGACCACGGAGUGGCUUGGACACCAAUGGGAGCCUGAGCAAAAGGAGUGGAUCAAGGUACCGCAGUCGAACGAGCAAAAAACUCAAUAAUAGACCACGAGUUCUUUUUUAUUCUGGUCUGUUGGCAGACGACACUAUUGGGAAUUGGAUCAGCAUGAGCGAUGU